AUGUCCGUCUUCAAUGCCUCCCGUCUCCUCGGCAAGACCGUGCUCGUCACAGGCGCGAGCGCGGGCAUCGGCGCGGCCACCGCGAUCCUCUUCGCUAAGGGUGGUUCAAACGUAAUUUUGUGCGCUCGCCGCGUCGACGCCCUGAAGACCGUCGCGGAGGCGUGCGCAGCAGCCCACAAGCAGUCGGGCCUCACGGAGGGCGGCAAGUUCGUCUCGCUUCCGCUCGACGUCUCGGACAAGAAGCAGGUCGCGUCUUUCCUCGACAACGUCCCCGCCGAGCUCCGCAGCAUCGACGUCCUCGUGAACAACGCCGGGUUCGUGCUCGGCGUCGAGCGCAUCGGCGACAUCUCCGAGGCGGACAUGGAGGCCAUGUUCACCGUCAACGUUUUCGGCCUGAUCAACGUCACCCAGCUGCUCAUCAAGGACUUCAAGGCGCGCAAGACGGGCCACAUCAUCAACAUCGGCUCCAUCGCCGGCCGCGAGCCCUACGCCGGCGGCGCCAUCUACUGCGCGACCAAGCACGCCGUGCGCUCCUUCACCGGCUCGCUCAUGCGCGAGGUCGUCGACACCCCCAUCCGCGUGACCGAGAUCCAGCCUGGGAUGGUCGAGACCGAGUUCUCCAUCGUUCGCUUCCGUGGCGACAAGUCCGCGGCGGACAAGGUCUACCAGGGUAUUCAGCCAUUGGUCGCCGAGGACAUCGCGGAGGAGAUUGUCUGGGCCGCUGCGCGCCCGCCUCACGUCAACAUCGCGGAGGUCUUUGUUCUCCCCACCAAUCAGGCAACCGCCACGCUCUCCUACAGGGCACCCCAGUAG